CGACCCUCACCAUGUCCUAAACGCUUGCCACGUUUCCUUUUCUGUCCCCACUUCAAAUAUCUUCUCGGCAUCUCUCCUUCUCCAUCUCUGCUUUGCUUUUACUUUGCUGUGCUCCGUUUCUGUUUCUGCCUCUUCUCUCAAAGCUCUUCCUCUGAAGAGGCUUCUAGCCAUGAAAAUUGCCAAAGGAAAGGGAGAAUCCAGAAAGGACAAAAAGGAAGCAUUAAAGCCUGUAGAGGAUAGGAAAGUUGGAAAGCGAAAGGCUGCUCCAAAGGCUAUUAAGAGUAGCAAAAAGAAGGCAAACAAUGAUAAAGUUAGGAAGAAUGAUCCUAACAGGCCAAAGAGGCCUCCAAGUGCCUUUUUCGUCUUUCUAGAAGAGUUUAGAAACACUUACAAACAAGAGCACCCCAACGUGAAGGCCGUCUCAGCUGUUGCGAAAGCUGGAGGAGAGAAGUGGAAAUCUCUAUCUGAUGCAGAGAAAGCUCCUUAUGAAGCCAAAUCAGCCAAAAGGAAAUCAGAAUAUGAAAAGCUUAUGACAUCCUACAACAAGAAACAGGAAAGUUCAGACGAUGAUGAUGCUGAUGGAGAAUCUGAGAAAUCCAAAUCUGUAGUGAGCAAUGAUGAUGAGGAGAGUGCAGAGGAGGACGAGGAAGAUGAGGAUGAUGACUGAAAUUUUUCGGACAUGGAAAAAGAAAUAUGGGUUUUGUAAGAUCACUAUGUUUGGAUUAAAGAAUAUGUGUGGUUUGUUUUCUGAAAUGAGCAAAAGCUGAAUGUUGCAGCUAGCUCUUGGUCGUGGUGCCAAUUAAGAUAAAAGUUCUGCUAGGCUACUUUAGGCUUUUUUGUGCAUAUACUCUUUCAUAUAUUAGUUGAAUGUAUCCUCAUCACAUUAUGCAUCA